AUUCUAUUAAUCUUACAAUUAAAAAUUUGAAAUUAGAAAUUAAUACAUUUGUUGAUUUUAAUUUACAAAUCUUUGAACCAUUCAAUAACAAUAAAAAUAAUUUUAUUAUUAAUGAAAAUUUUGAAGAUAAUAGUACAAGUAAUUUCGAUGAUUAUGAUCUGAAAACCAUUAUCCAAAAUAUGGAACUCAAUGAG